UCUCAUGCAUGUAUGUGGUUCCUCAUCUUAAAGCCUCUAUAUAUAUAAACUCUUCCUCCUAUUGAAUCUUAAGAUUACCUUUCCCACCAAGGCUAGGAGAAUUCCAUCCCUCCUCUUCUUUCUCCUCUAUGGAGAAAGAAGAGAGAGAUGGCGCCAAUAACACCACUGCCAUCCUUGCAGUCGCCACUACCGACGUUACGAACAAAGCUUGCUCUCUCCGACCACCAGCCGGCAAGAAGAGAGGCACCCUAAGCCUUAUUAGGGCUGCCCUCUUUAUGGUCCGCGGCUGCUCAUCCGGCAAGAAAAAGUUUAUGAAUGCUGAAGCCCCAGGCUCCCCCUCUGCCGCCGAGGCAGGGUGGAAAACACUGGUCAGCGGCAUGCGCCCCCUCCACGUCCCUCAACUCGAGUAUUAUCCAUCCAAUCCGCUUCUGCUGCCGCCGCCGCCGCCCGUAGGGCACGAGUCGUACCACGACGUCUCCCUUCCGCCAGCAUCGCCAGCACACUCGACCUCGUCUGGCGAGAUGAGCCGCUAUGCUUCUGCUGAGGAUCUUCAGGCGCUCGACAAGAAUGACGAUGACCUUAACAGUGAUGAGGCUACGGACGAUGGCAGUGGAGGGCCAAAUGCGAUCGACGUUCAAGCGGAAGACUUUAUUGCAAAAUUCUACGAGCAAAUGCGGCUCCAACGCAUGGAGUCCUUCAACCAUAACACAAUGUGAUGAUCAAACAAGGACUCUAAUCAUAACACAAUGUGAUGAUCAAACAGGGUUUACAUGUUAAGGGGAGAAAUUUCAAAUUAUUAAGAAAUACAAUCUCUAUUUUAUGUAA